AUGCUCGUGAGCAUGAUGUACUGGCGUCGUCUUGUCCUGACUCCCUGGAGCAAGUACGUCCCUGAAGCCUACUACGAAAUGGCAGACGAGCGUCUGGACAGGUGCCUUCGACGCGGUGAUUUGCCACCACCCUGGAGGAACCUCGAUGACCACAUGGUGUACCCUGAUGCGGACGCCGAUUCCACGGUGGACGACAUCGAGAACGACCCGGACUACCAGCCUCCCGCCCAGGAACCUGAGGAGAACGCCUCUAGUAAUAGCUCCGAAGAGGAGGAGGAGGAGGUCGCCCCUGAAACUCUGGAGGACAUCGAGGACGCAGAGGACGACGACGACGCAGAGGACGACAAUGGCGUAGAGGACGACAAUGGCUCAAGCAAGAAACCUCAGGGUUCCAACUCGAAGUCGAAGAAGAAACGUCGCACGGGAAACAAGACAGACACUUCUGCCACUCAGGGUUCUAGUGGUACUCAGGGGACCAAGGCUACAUCACGCUCCAAGCAUCCGUCGGCGCUCGCGCGGAAAUCGUACUCGGAGCUCACUUCAAGUGCGUUGAUGACGGCCGAAGACCCUGAGGACAACGAGACCUCCUGGCGCAUCUAUGGGAUUCUUGUUCAAUAUCCAAGUUCGACCCAGAGUGCGUUUUGCCAGACUCCCGGGUUCCCAGAGUACGAGAUCCACAAGUAUUCGUUCGACGUUGCUCACGAGCGCUGGGGCCGUGAGGCAUACCAAGAAGUCCUGGAUUCUGAACCCUGGGAGAGUAUGCUUCAGGGUCGCUUCCGAGUGUUCUACUUCCAUGAGCGAGAGCUACUCUCCGCGAAAGCGCUCAAGCUGAUGGAGGACGUCGUGGACGUCAUGCACAAGCACGCACAGGCAAACUGGGAGCGCGGGCACUGGUCGCGUCGAAACGCGCUACGCAGAGCGCACAAGACGCUCGUCGAGCGCUCGCGCAACACCCCUGGGUUCAUCCCGUCGUUGUGGCACGAACCGGGUCUCUGGAAGUUCCCGGACAAGUGCUGCUACUGGAUUUGGGAGGAUCCCAGGGCCAAGAAACUCGGGGGAGCUGAGUGCAAGGACUUAGACGUCCAGCUAGCGACGUUGGACAUUCGUGAGCCUGCUCGAGUCCAAUGGAACACGGCGGCUGACGACGAUGAGUGGCUACAAUACGUGCCGAACAACAUCAAGCGCCACAUCAAGCGCCUGGCCAUCCGCAAGCUCAACCCGCUGUCUCUCAAGCACUCGUGA